AUGGUCGUUUUCGAUCUGUCGUGGACACUGGUCCAGGCGGAUAGCUUCGAGCUCCUCUGCCAGGCGGCUGCAGUGGAUGCGGAUGCAGUCGCGGAAGUGCGUCGUUGUCACUCGCUCGGAUCCGACGACGACUUGCGAGCGUGUGCUGCGCUCCUUCGCGGUCGAUCGAGCACUGGCUUAGCAGAAAGACUACACGCGCUUAUCGAAUAUACCGAUGGAGCCGCUUCGGUCUGUCGCGUACUGAAGAAACUCGGCUACCGAACGACGGUGUUGUCGCCGGGGCGCUCGUUCUUGCGAGAGCUUGUGAAAGCAGACCUCGGUAUUGAUUUCGUUGCGGCCAAUCGUCAUGAAAUGGACAGCAAUGAGCAUUUCACCGGAGCGAUCUUGGAGCUUCUCGUCAACGGAGAGCGGAAAGCAGAGCUGCUGACCAUGCUGGCGAUGCGCGAGCAGCUCAGCCCGCAGCAGAUCAUUGCGGUAGGUGACGGGCCAGUGUCCGCCAAAAUGCUUGACUCGGCGGGUCCAUCCAUCGCCUUUGGAGCACCAGCGGCUCGGGACGGCACCAAUAUCGGCGGCAAGAUUCAGAGCAAGAGUCUCACCUGCAUCUGGUUCCUGAUGGGUAUCCACGAGCGCGAUCUACGGUCAUUUUCAUGA